AAAAAGUUUUUAAGUACAAAAAGAAAAUUGUCAAAAUCAAGUGUCAGUUGACUCGGUUAAACAAAAUAUAUUUUAAUUUAAAAAAUGCGAAUUGUUUAUAAAAAAAGUGUUCCUUUGUUUUCCAAUUAUUUAGAUAGGGUGACAAAUUAUUAGUGUACCGAAAAUGGAACCUUUCAUGGACUUUUAUUUCGAAGAAGUGUUCAGUAACAUGAAUCGCGAUUGUCUGAACGAGAAAUUCAAACGGAAAGAACUGUGCGAAUAUUUUAGUACAGUUAUUGCUGGAUGUGCCAAAGGUCAAGACAAAUCAGACGGUGCUACUUGCAAAAGUUUUGUAAUAUCGGCUCUGCGGUAUCAUAACAAGUGUAAGUCAAAUAAUGGUGAUGUUUGCCUAAUGGGAAAGUAUCACAACCUGCUGUAUAUUGCAAUGAAGCUGGCAUUCGAUUGGAGUCUCCAGGAUAACGGUGUAGUUGCAACAUUGUUGGAUGAGAUUUACGCCUGUGAAGGCACUUUUGAGAGAAUAUUCCUAGGAGCUAUAUUCGGAACAUCAGCACCAUAUUUCCUUGCCGGAUGGAAAUCGGAUUUCGCAAAUAAAGAAGAGAAUAUACACGCCUUAGUUUUCUUCUUGGAUCACGCUACAAACGCUAACCUAGAAUAUCGCGAUGGAAAUAAAUUCUAUCGCUUCAUUGACGUGCCUUUAGAAAGCUGCGGUAAGGCGUCUCCUGUAAGAGUUGUCAUUCAAAUGGGGGCAGCAGAAAUGUUAAUGAUACUUCUCAGAUUUGGAGCUAGAAUUUUUCCAGGUACUGACAAUGUGUGUACAAACCCUGUAGAAACUAUACUUGAUAGACUUAAUGAGUACAAUCGAAAAUAUCCCUACGAACUUGUCACAUGUUUGAACCUAGCUUUGAGAUCAAUUCCAAGUGUGACUUUUUCAGUAGACAAGGCUGAAUAUAGGCAUUUAGGGUUGCCUGAAGAUUAUAAUUACCAAAGAAAAGUCGCUCUCGAAAAGUAUGGAGACAUACUAAGGGACCAUUUAAUACCUGCUUCGAGAUGUGGUUUAAGGCCAGUUGAGCUAAAGCAUUUAUGUAGAUGCAAAAUCAGACACAUAUUGUGGCAGAACUUCGAGCUACCAUUUGGUAUACAGAAAUUACCCAUACCCGUUUCUCUACAAAAAUAUUUGGAUCUGUUUAAUUAUUAA